AAUUUGAACACAGGAAAUUUUCUACAAAAGAAAACUUUACAAAAAAUUGGAGUCGGCGGAAGAUAUUAUAGGUUGUUGAAAAGCAGAAUCCACUCUACACUGAGCAACAGCAUAAAUGGAUCUAAGAGAUCGCCUGGUUCAGUUUCCACUUUUUACAGAUAAAGAGCAGAGAAGGAAGUGGCUUGCUCAGGGCCACAUGCCAGCCCACCGUGGAGUAGACUGGAAGCCAGGUCUCCUUGACGUUACCCCACUACUCUCCAUCGCACCCGAUGUAGACAUCUGUGCCACUUGCCAUGAACAUGCCACCUGCAAGCAAAGAGAAGGGAAGAAGAUGUGUAUUUGCAAAUACGGAUUUGUGGGAAACGGGAGGACUCAGUGUAUUGAUAAAAAUGAGUGCCAGUUUGGGGCCACUGUGGUCUGUGGGAACCACACAUCUUGCCACAACACGCUCGGAGGCUUCUACUGCAUUUGCCUGGAAGGAUAUCGAGCCACAAACAACAACAAGACGUUCAUCCCCAACGAUGGCACCUUUUGCACAGACAUAGAUGAGUGUGAGGUUUCCGGACUAUGUGGGCAAGGAGGACGGUGUGUGAACACUCAUGGGGGUUUUAAAUGCUACUGUGUGGAUGGAUACCUGCCAAAGAGUGGACCGGAGCCUUUCCACCCGACCAGAGAUGCCACGUCAUGCACAGAAAUAGACUGUGGCACCCCUCCUGAGGUCCCAGAUGCCUAUAUCAUAGGAAAUUAUACCUCAAGGCUUGGCAGCCAGGUUCAUUAUGCUUGCAAAGAAGGAUUUUUCAGUGGCCUGGGAGAUACAGUUUCAAGCUGCACAGCCUUGGGCACAUGGGAGUCCCCGAAAUUAAAUUGCCAAGAGGUCUCCUGUGGCCGCCCUCCGGAGGUGCAGCACGCGUUCCUGGUGGGGAACCACAGCUCCAGCCUGGGCGGGGCGGCUCGCUACGCCUGUCAGGAGGGCUUCGAGAGCCCCGGAGGAGAGAUCACCUCCGUGUGCACAGAGAACGGCACCUGGAGAGCAAGUACUUUGACAUGCACAGAAAUAAUUACAGAAAUUAAGGACGUAUCAGUGUUUAAUGACACCUGUGUGAGGUGGCAAGUAAACCCAGGAAGAAUAAACCCCAAGAUCGUAUAUGUGAUACACGUGGAAGGACACCAGGUGGACCCUAUGGAAUCAGCUCAUGAGGAGAGAGUCAACCUGACCACAGACAGCAGGACCCCAGAGGUGUGCCUGGAUCUGUACCAAGGCACCAACUACACCGUGAGCAUCUCCAUGGCCCCUCCCAGGCGCUCUGUGCCAGCCGUCAUUACGUUCCAGACAGCAGAAGAUGACCUCUUAGAAGAUGAUGGAAUUUUCAAUAUCUCGAUAUUUAAUGAAGCUUGUGUGAAAUUGAACAGGCUUUCUAGGAAAGUUGGAUCAGAACAGAUAUACCAAUUUAAAAUUCUGGGUCGAAGGUGGUAUCUGAGUGAUUUUUAUCACGCAACAUCAUUUAACUUCACAACGGGGGAACGAGCUUCGGUAGUGUGUCUAGACCUGUGCCCGGCAACUGAUUACACAGUGAAUAUCAGCCUGCUGGGAUCUCCUGAGCAGCACUCAGUGCAAACAGUGGUAAAAACUGCACCGGCAGUUAAACAGACCAUCAGCAACAUUUCAAUAUUUAAUGAAACCUGCUUGAGAUGGAGAAAUAUGAAGACAGCUGGUAGAGAGGAAAUGUAUUUACUCCACAUUCAGGGCCAGAGAUGGUAUCAGAAGGAAUUUUCCCAGGAAAUCAACUUUAAUAUCACUACCAGCAGCCAGGCUCCUGAGACGUGCUUGGACCUGCGUCCCGGUACCAACUACAGUGUCAGCAUUCGGGCUUUGUCUUCUGCCCUUCCCGUGGUCACCUGCUUGACAACCCAGAUAACAGAGCCCCCCCUUCCGGAAGUAGACUUUGUCACGGUGCAGGGAGGGCCUCUGCCACGCCUGAAACUGAGGAGAGCCAAGGAGCACAACGGACCUGUGAGUUCUUACCAGGUGCUCGUGGUUCCCCUGGCCCGCCAAAGCACGUUCUCGUGUGAUUCUGAAGGGGCUGCCUCCUUCUUUAGCAAUGCUUCCGAGGCUGAUGGAUACGUGGCUGCAGAACUGCUGGCCAGAGAUGUUCCCGAUGACGCCGUGGAGAUAACUGUUGGAGACAGGCUGUAUUACGGGAAAUAUUAUAAUGCACCCUUGAAAACAGGGAAGGAUUAUUGCAUUAUAUUACGAAUCACAAGUGAAUGGAAUAAGAUUGCAGAUGGGCGCUCCGUGGGGAGGAUGUACUGCAGCUGGGCAGAUGUUAUGACUGCUUCUCAGGUACCUGCACAGAGCACCUUCCAUCCAGGUGUGUGGGGGCCUGCAGACUUUCUCCAUUCCCAGCUUGGUCCCCUUCCUGGAUUCAAGAUGGUGACUAUCUCUAUGGAACCCCCAAAAGGAGGAAACUCAGAAAUUGCUGACAUCUUCCCUGCUGCACGACCAGUUCUGUAUCUGUGAACUUGAGACCCUUGAAAUACAGUGAAAUAUUGGCCACAGGCUACAGAUCACAUGUCCUGGGCCUGCUUCUUCCUCUGAGUGGUGCCUGGGAAACAGCUCCCAUAGGCAUUGAAUACAAGAGGGUCUCUGCAUCCUUUUUUAAGAGCAUCUUUGUUCAUUAAUUCGGAAUCCAUUCUUUUACAAUAAGCAAUUAGAUGGACUUAAGUUUGGAUUAAAAUCUGACUUUAUGAAAAAGGUCAUUGAAAAGGAUGGAGAUCAUUAACACAGGCACACUUGUCAAACAUUUUAGAAACAGCACUUUUCCUAUAAUUAAUGGAUAUCUAAUGAGAAAUUAUGCUAGCCUGGCCACUCCAGGCUCCGCUGCAAUGUCUAUUUAAUACAGUUCCAUUAGUGUCCUGUAUUCAAAAGCCAUACGUGUUUAUUCCAGGAAAAAUAUUCUGUGAAUUUAGAAUUCUCUUGCAUAUGAAUGAAUAUUUAUAACAGCGUUGGUUAAUGUUUUUAUUAUUAUUAAUGAGGGUGUCGUAAAAACGCUCUGAGACGCCCUUUAGAUUCAGAGGCACUGGGUUGGAACAUUGUCGAGCCUAUGGCCAGAACCUGUGUGUUUGCAGGGAAGGGGGAUCAAUGUGCCAAUGUUUUAUCUGCAGUAACUAUGACUGUUGCUCUAUCAUGAACCAUGAAGCAUUAGAGCAGCGGUUCUCAACCAAUGGGCCGUGACCCCUGUGGGGGUUGAACAACCCUUUCACAGGGGUCGCCUAAGACAUAACAGUAGCA